UGUCGGCGGGUAUUUUGAAAGAUAUUUUCUCACUUAUUCUUCUUAUUUGUAAUUCAUUUUAGUACUGAUUCUGUAAAAACAAUAUUUUACUUAAAUUCAUUGGUUUUAUUCGCAAGUGUUGUGCUUCUUAUUUCCUGUAGAAGUGGUGCAUAUCCUUCGACGCUGCAGAGAUACAGCGAUACUAAUUUUAUAAAGACUUUCGUCACUUUCCUGUGAUUACUGAUUGGUAAUUGGACAUGGCUUCCCGAACUUUCCGGGAAGUUUUCAGACAUGCUCACAAAGAAACGUUUAAUUGGUUUCCUGGUCAUAUGAAAAAAGGUAUGCGCCUGAUGCAGCAGAGACUUCGCUCCAUCGAUGGUAUCAUUGAACUGCACGACGCUCGCGCUCCGCUGUCCGGCCGUAAUGAUCUCUUCCGGCAAAAUCUGUCCCUGGUACGACCGCAUCUGCUGCUUCUAAACAAGAAGGACCUGGCUGAUUUAACGAGGCAGGAACAGGUUGUGCGGCGGUUAAAAGAACAGGGAGUCAGCGAAGUGUUUUAUACGGACUGCCUUCGCGAUCAGGAUGAAACCGUCAAACAGAUCAUGCCGAAAAUGGUGGAUAUGAUAAAAACCGGGCAGCGGUAUCUAACCCCGAAUAUGAAGGCUUCCAGUUAUACCCUAAUGAUCAUCGGUGUUCCUAAUGUUGGCAAAUCUUCGUUUAUCAAUGCCGUACGGCGAGUUUUCACGAAAAGAGCAAAAGCAGCACAUGUUGGCGCAAUGCCCGGAAUAACACGCGCCGUACAAAACGUUAUAACCGUCUCCGAGAAACCUAGAAUUGAUGUUAUCGAUACGCCCGGAAUCGCGCAUCCGUCAAUAAAGAGUCCCGAUGAUGCUAUGAAAUUGGCACUUUGCCAUAUCAUGGAUGAUGUGUUAGUUGGAGAAGAACUUAUAGUCGAUUAUAUGUUAUUUUGGUUCAAUCGGCGAGGUGAUUUUAGGUAUGUUGAACAUUUGGGUUUGACGGAACCAGUGGACGAUGUGAGAAUUUUAUUGGUACAAUAUGCUGUUCAGCACGACUUGUUCUUGUCAGUGAAAAGCGUCGAAGGGUCCAUCGGAUAUCGCAAGAUCCCGAAUUUCCUUUUGGCUGCUCAAAGAAUACUAAAGAUCUUCCGUAGCGGUGAAAUGGGUAAAAUCAUGCUGGAUGAUGAUAAAUUAGAUCUUUAUCGUUCCUGAUACUCUAUGAAACCACCAUGCCCUUUUUUGUGAUAUAUAAUGGUUUGUGCCUCUCUUGACAUAGGGUUUUGUUUUUACUUGUACAUUUCUUAUUGUUAAGCCGCUUUACGUUAUGGUGAACGCGUGCUUUUAAAUGAGUGCUGUAAGGAUUGCCAGGAAUAUGAUGAAUGCCGGUGUGCUGUCUGAAAAAAAGAAGGAUUCGAUGA